AUGUCGUUAACAAACUGCCGGUUUUACGAGGAGAAGUACCCGGAGAUUGACUCCUUCGUCAUGGUCAACGUCAAGCAGAUUGCCGAUAUGGGUGCCUACGUCAAGCUGCUGGAGUACGACAACAUUGACGGCAUGAUUCUUCUCAGCGAACUUUCCAGACGUCGUAUCCGAUCGAUUCAGAAGCUCAUCCGUGUCGGCCGAAACGAGGUUGUCGUCGUGCUCAGAGUGGACAAGGAGAAGGGUUACAUUGAUCUUUCAAAGCGCCGAGUGUCUCCAGAGGAUAUCGUCAAGUGUGAGGAGCGGUAUAACAAGAGCAAGAUGGUGCACUCCAUCAUGCGCCACGUUGCCGAGAAGACCCAGGUCCCCAUUGAGGAGCUGUACGAGAGCAUAGCCUGGCCCUUGAACAAGAAGUACGGUCACUCGAUUGACGCCUUCAAGCUAUCGAUCACAAACCCUGAUGUCUGGAACGAUGUCACUUUCUCGAGCGACGCCGUUGCUGAGGAGCUCAAGUCCUACAUUGGAAAGCGUCUGACCCCUCAGCCUACCAAGGUCCGAGCUGAUGUCGAAGUCACCUGCUUCGGUUACGAGGGUAUCGAUGCCGUCAAGACUGCCCUGCGAACUGCCGAGGCCAAGAACACCGAGGACAACCAGGUCAAGGUCAAGCUUGUGUCCCCGCCACUGUAUGUCUUGACCAGCACAUGUUUGGACAAGAACAUUGGUAUUACGCGCCUGGAGGAGGCCAUCGUCGACAUUAGAAAGAACAUUGAGGAAGCCGGAGGCUCCUUGAUUGUGAAGAUGGAGCCCAAGGCCGUUACCGAGUCCGACGAUGCUGAGCUGCAGGCACUGAUGGAGAAGAGAGAGCGCGAGAAUGCUGAGAUUAGCGGAGAUGAGGAUGUUUCUGAGAGCGACGACGAGAACCCCGACACUAUCUGA